AUGCUGCGUUCAGGGCCCGUGGGAAGUCUGAGAGAGAAAGACAGAGGAUACAGAGCCGCAGACAUGAACCCGGGGGAGCACUCCUCGUACCGCCGCCUCUUCGGGGCCUCUGUGCGCUCCUCCUCCUCCGGGGACUCCUCCUCACGCUUCUCCGGUUCCCCGUCCGCUCGCUCCCCGGGGCCACAGCGCAGGACCGGCCCGUCUGGAGGCGCGUUCCUGCCGCUGACGCGCACGGACUCGGGCCACAACGCGGCGCUCAACCACGAACUGAAACUGGUGAGAAGCAACGAGAAGGAGCAGCUGCAGGGCCUGAACGACCGCUUCGCCGUGUUCAUUGAUAAAGUGCGUCACUUGGAGCAGCAGAACCACAGUCUGCAGACGGAGCUGGUUUCUCUGAGGCAGAAGCAGAACGAGUCCAGGGUCAACCAGGUCUACAAGGACCAGAUCCAGGACCUGAGAGACCAGGUCCUGACCCUGAACCAGGACAACAGCCGGCUGCUGGUGGAGGUCAGCAACCAGGAGGAGGAGCUCAAGUGUGUGUGUCUGAGGCUGGAGCAGGAGCAGGCUCUCCGGGUUCAGGCGGAGCUCUCCCUGAAGUCUGUGGCGAGGGACGUGGACGAGGCGGCGGCGAUCAGACUGAACCUGGAGCGAAGCGUGGAGUCUCUGUCUGACGAGAUCCGCUUCAUGACGAGACUUCACCAGGAGGAGAUCCAGGAGCUGCGCUGCUUCAUGGAGGCUCAGCAGGCGUCUGUGGAGGUGGAUCCGCCCAAACCAGACCUGACCUCGGCUCUGAAGGAGAUCCGGAGCCAGUACGAGUCGGUGGCGGCGAGGAACCUACAGUCGGCCGAGGACUGGUACAAGUCCAGGUUCAGCAGCCUCUCGGAGCAGGCGUCCCGCAGCAGCGAGGUGGCGAGGGCGAGUCGAGAGGAGCUGGGCGAGUUCAGGAGGCAGCUGCAGAACAAGACCAUCGAGACCGAGAGUCUGAGGGCGACCAACGAGAGUCUGGAGAGACAGGUCACCGAGAUGGAAGAGGCUCACGCUGCAGAGGUGUCAGCCAUGCAGGAGACCAUCUCUCAUUUGGACACAGAGAUCCGGAACCUCAAAGGGAAAAUGGCCGAACACCUGAGAGAGCACCAGGACCUGCUCAACGUCAAGAUGGCUCUGGACAUCGAGAUCGCCGCUUACAGGAAGCUGCUGGAAGGAGAGGAGACACACUUUAACUGUGGCCUCUCCUUUGGGGUCCCCCUGUCCCUGCCUCAGUCCAGACCCCCAGGCCCUGAGUCUCAGGGUCCAGACCCCAGACGAGACCCAGACCCCAGACGGGACCCAGACCCCAGACGGGACCCAGACCCCAGACGGGACCAAGGCCGCAGUGCGAAAGAGGCCUUCGAGGAGGAGAAGGAAGAGGAGAUCUUUGCCCAGCUCAGUCUGUGA